AUGGAAUCUGCACUGCAAAUAAACACCAGAACUGCAAGAAGUGCUUCAGAAUCUAGUGAUUACAACGACCCUUAUAUUGAAAGUGACAUUGACCAUAACUUUGUCAAAGCUCUCUCAGAGCUUUCCAUUAGCGAAUCUACUUCGUCUCGGCCGUCGUUAUAUUACCUACUUCCCGAAAUCCUCGAAUCUAUAUUCAUUCAUCUCCCUGUGCCCAGAAGAGUAGCUGGAGUAUGCCGACUGUUUCGUGCUAUCGUCGUUACGUCCAAAAGCUUCAAAAGAGGCUGGAUUAGAUAUUGGCUACAUCCUGACCUGCCGAAAUCUUUCAUGCCGUCUUAUUCUCAACUAUGUCAAGCAGUAGAAACAAAGGCUCCAUUCAACAUCUUGAUGGAGAUUAUUGAUUUGCAAGUCCUAGGAAAGCGAAGGCUGCAAUCUUCAUAUGACGGAAGUGUUACAAGACUGCUCGAUGCAGCAUAUGCCCAUCCAACCAGUGGGAAGCUCAUUCCUUAUCUAAUUAAUAGAGGUGUUAAGAUAGAUAGAUAUAUUACCGCUCAUACAUCAAAAGACUGCGACUUAACGGACAGUGGAUCAUUUCCUGAAGGCAAAUUAGAAAAGGAUUAUUUGUCGGUAGUGAAAGCCGCUGGCUACGCGUCUCUAGACUUGCGACAAGAGCUCGCAAAUAAACCAAGCUUCUUUUCAGAUACAGAACUUGCAUUUGCAAUAGUAUUACGUGAACGACUAGAUGUUGCAACAGCGCUUGCUCUCCACCCACAACAUACGCUUGAUAUAUUAGAGGAAAGUGUUGACAAACAAUAUACAAAGGGAAUUGGAUGGGCCUUUGAACGUGGUCUGGGAGAAAUUCAAAAAAGGAAUCCUCUCUAUUUGCGACUUUGCAUCGAAAAAGCUGAUGUAGAAGCAGCCAGACUGGCUAUUCUGAAUGGCGCCGAAAUUAAUAUAUCGCCGUCGAGCCAUAUAGGUGAACCGGCAAAAUUCGGUUCAACUAGUCUUCUCGAAUUUACCAUGCAAUGUUACUUGGCUUAUACAGAGUCGGAGAACAAGAGUGCCAGAUGGAAAUUGAUAGAGUUGUUUCUGGAAUCGGGAGCAGAUGCUAAUGCCGAUAAUGGACGUCCUCUAUGUCUGUCCGUAACAAACAACCACUGGGAGUUAACGAGGCUUUUGCUCAAGAAUGGAGCAGACCCCCGGCGAAGUGAUAUGCUGGCAGUGAAAAUUGCCACAGACUUUGGAUACAAGGAUAUGGCCAAGCAAUUAUACGAAAUUUGCAAGACUGGCGGCUCUUUGACAAAUUCUGGUAGGCAUCGCCGACAGCACAGUAAUAGUUGUGCUACAAAUGGUAAUGAUGAAAAUGAGAAGAAGAAUGGAGUAAAGAACUUGCUACGGCGACGUUGGACUUUAGCUGUGCCAAAGGUGACCCUUGUGGGUAAACGUAGGCUGAGUGAUGGAGAUAAAAGUCGUAGACCUAACGAGCCGAGUCGACCUGUAUAA